AUGAAUGCUGGGAUGACAGCUCUUCAUGAUAUGUGCGUCCUUCUGCAGAUGUCUGGACGAUUUGGAGAUGGAUUUGUGCUUGAGAAUGAGCGGGCGCUUGCUCUUCAGCACUUUAGCGCUGUGUUUCCUUAUUUUCCUCCGACGCCCACGAACCCAAAUGGCGAGCUGGACGCCCUCAACGACGUCAUCUUCCCCGCCCUCGAGGAGGCCCUCAAGCGGCGGCAGAUCCGGCUGCAGCAGCUGUACCGGACGGGGCCGAACAGCAACAAUGCGGCCUUGCAACACCAGGGCGGUGCCGGCGGCGGGGCAAUGGCCAACGCGCCGACCCCGAAGCAGCAGAGGGCCGAGGCUGCGCACGAGAAAAUCUGCAAGCUGGUGUACGAGCUGGCGCACGUGUGCAAGGAGAUCGACCACUAUGACAAGGCCGAGCUUGUGGGCAUGGGCAAGGACGUGGGGACCUUCCUCGAGGGCCUGCUGGAGGAGAUCCUGGUCAGGGUUGAGCCUCUAGACGAGGAAGAGGCGUGA